CGAUAACGAAUCUUUAAACUCAAGUAGGGGCUCAUUUUGAAAAUUUUAAUGGUUGACUGAUACCUGGAUCACAUGGGCAAACGGAAGAAGAACGACGAAUCUUCGUCGUCCUCUUCUCAAAAACCAUGCGUUUCUUCUUCUUCCGACGAUUUCUCUGUCUCAUUUGUGAGAGCCGAAGAGGAUGACGUGGCGACCACUAUUCGAGAUAAAACUGCAUCUUUGAAAUCAAAUGCAACUCAUUUUUCUGCAGCAUCUGCUGCCAAGGGAGGCAUGUUUGAUUUCAGAUGCUGCCGUUCAUUGUUCUCACGGCGACGUGUUCUGCACUCACGAACGGUUCGAGUAGGAUAUGGCCCUGUUGGACAUGAUGCAAACGUCACAUUUACACCAAACACAGUGUGCAAUCAGAAAUAUAACAUUUUCAGUUUUGUGCCAAUUGUGCUGUUCCAACAAUUCAAAUUCUUCCUGAAUCUUUAUUUCUUGCUUAUGGCAUGUUCUCAGUUUAUUCCAGCAAUACAAAUUGGUGCUCCAAUCACUUACUGGGGACCACUGGGAUUUGUGCUCACAAUAACUCUUAUUCGAGAAGCUUUCGAUGACUUUGUUCGUUAUCUGAGAGAUCGAGAUCUGAAUUCGGAGAAAUAUGAAAAACUGACACGAGACGGAACACGGAUCGAAAUUCGAAGUGCUGACAUUGAAGUUGGUGACGUCAUCAUUAUGCACAAAGAUCGGCGUGUUCCAGCGGAUGUCGUAUUGUUGAGAACUACUGAUAAAUCAGGUGCAUGCUUUAUCAGAACAGAUCAAUUGGAUGGAGAAACUGAUUGGAAACUUCGAAUUCCUGUACCACAUACCCAACAUCUUCCAAAUGAAGCUGAUAUUAUGGAAUUAAAUUGUGAAGUAUAUGCAGAGAAACCACAGAAAGAUAUUCACGCAUUUGUUGGAACAUUAAAGAUUACUGAUGACGAUAAUGUUCAAGACGGAUCCCUAAACGUGGAAAAUGUAUUGUGGGCGAAUACUGUAGUUGCAUCUGGAACUGCAGUUGGAAUUGUUGUAUACACGGGACGCGAAACUCGAUCAGUGAUGAACACGACUCUUCCAGAAAGCAAAGUUGGACUUCUCGAUUUGGAAGUUAACAAUUUGACGAAAUUGUUAUUCUGCUUUGUAUUGGUUCUAUCAUCGGUUAUGGUUGCCAUGAAAGGACUCGACAAUCUCUGGUAUCGCUAUUUGAUGCGUUUUAUUCUUCUAUUCUCAUAUAUUAUUCCAAUUUCACUCCGCGUAAAUCUCGACAUGGCUAAACUCUUCUACUCGUGGCAAAUUGGUCGUGACAAGCAUAUUCCGGAAACUGUGAUUCGUUCGUCAACAAUUCCUGAAGAACUCGGACGAAUCUCGUUCUUAUUAUCGGAUAAAACUGGAACAUUGACUAAAAACGAGAUGCAUUUCAAGAAAAUUCAUUUGGGAACUGUUGCUUUCAGUAGUGAUGCUUUUGAAGAAGUUGGACAACAUGUGAGAAGUGCAUAUGCUGGAAGACUAGCUAAGCACUCGUUCUCUGCUAAACUCCAAAACGCCGUUGAAGCCAUAGCCUUGUGCCACAAUGUGACCCCUAUCUUCGAAAAUGGAGAAAUUUCAUAUCAAGCAGCAAGUCCAGAUGAAGUUGCUCUUGUAAAAUGGACUGAAACAGUUGGUGUUCGUCUUGCAAGCCGUGAUCUUCAUGCAAUGUCUCUGAGUGUUCAACUUCCAAAUGGACAGACAUUGAUGAAACAAUUCCAGAUUCUUUAUGUAUUCCCAUUUACAUCAGAAACAAAACGAAUGGGAAUUAUUGUGAAAGACGAGACAACUGAUGAAGUUACACUUUUAAUGAAAGGAGCUGAUACUGUAAUGAGUGGAAUGGUUCAAUAUAAUGAUUGGUUAGAUGAAGAAUGUAGUAAUAUGGCAAGAGAAGGACUUCGAACACUUGUUGUUGCACGAAAACCACUUUCUCAAGCAGAGUUAGAAGCAUUCGAUCGAGCUUAUCAUGCAGCAAAAAUGUCGAUUUCUGAUAGAUCACAAAAUAUGGCAAAUGUCGUAAAUCGAAUGUUGGAGAGAGAUUUGCAAUUACUUUGUUUGACGGGUGUAGAGGAUCGCCUACAGGAUCAGGUAACAACAUCACUGGAAUUGCUUAGAAAUGCUGGAAUUAAAAUAUGGAUGCUCACUGGAGACAAAUUGGAAACUGCUAUUUGCAUUGCAAAAUCAAGUGGACUAUUCUCUCGAUCCGAUAAUAUUCACGUUUUUGGAAAUGUACACAAUCGAACGGAUGCUCAUAAUGAGUUGAACAAUUUGCGAAGAAAAACUGACGUGGCUCUUGUGAUGCCAGGUUCAGCACUGAAUGUAUGCCUACAGUACUAUGAGGCAGAAGUUGCUGAAUUAGUAUGUGCAUGUACUGCUGUCGUCUGCUGUCGUUGCUCACCUGAACAAAAAGCUCAAAUUGUUCAAUUACUGAGGAAAUAUAGAGCUCCAUUGAGAGUGGCGGCGAUUGGAGACGGAGGAAAUGAUGUUUCAAUGAUUCAAGCAGCACAUGCUGGAAUUGGAAUUGAUGCAAAUGAGGGAAAACAGGCAUCACUUGCUGCUGACUUUUCAAUUACCCAGUUCUCACAUGUUUGUCGAUUACUUUUGGUUCAUGGAAGAUUCUGUUAUAAAAGAUCAUGUGCAUUGUCACAAUUUGUCAUGCAUCGCGGUCUGAUAAUUUCCACAAUGCAAGCAAUCUUCUCAUGCGUCUUCUAUUUUGCAUCUGUCUCCCUGUAUCAGGGUGUUCUCAUGGUGGCCUAUUCAACGUGUUACACAAUGCUCCCGGUUUUCUCGUUAGUCGUCGAUCGUGAUGUCACCGCCACAAAUGCUCUUACCUAUCCCGAAUUGUACAAAGAACUGGGAAAAGGACGGAGUUUAUCGUAUAAAACAUUCUGUAUUUGGGUCCUUAUUUCGCUUUAUCAAGGUGCUGUUAUCAUGUACGGUGCCCUUCUGGUCUUCGAUGCCGACUUUAUACACGUCGUCUCGAUCUCUUUCUCUGCUCUAAUCGUCACUGAGCUUAUUAUGGUAGCAAUGACGGUGCACACGUGGCAUUGGGCGAUGCUUCUUGCUCAGGCUCUAUCGCUCGGACUCUACAUGAUCUCUCUUAUCUUAUUCGAUCAAUAUUUCGACCGUCAAUUCGUCCUCUCAUGGGUUUUUAUAUCGAAGACUACGGCCAUCACAGCAGUCUCAUGUCUUCCAUUAUACAUUGUAAAGGCCCUACGACGGAAAUUCUCCCCACCAAGCUACGCGAAAGUCAACUGAGAAUUAAUUUAUUCGAAAUGAGGGAAAUUAUGAUUUAAAAAAAAAUUAUUUCGGAGAUUUUCCUUGAUUCAAAAUGGAUUAAAUUUUCAGUCUAUCAACCAUAAAGCUUUACUAGUUUUUUUGCAAUUCUUCCCCCACUCGCAACGGUUUUUAGUGCUGAAAAUGAUAACUUCUCGCCAAUUUCCUUCCAUUUCUUCGGUAUUUCACUGUGUGAUAGAUUGAAUAGACAUUUUUAUUGACCCGCAUAUCACUUUUCUUUUGCUGUUUUCUUAGAAAUCUAGAUUCAAAAAAUAUCUUUGAAUUCUAAUUCUUUUUAAAUUCUCGAAAUAUCUUUUUUCGUUGGACUUUCCAAACUCUAAUGCGAGUAACCAAUCCACCCGUUCUUCCCUGUCAAAUUCAACAUUUCCUCGGAUUUUGUGUCUUUUUUUGGUGUAAAUUCGAUUUAUUUGUAUGCUUUGCCUUCGAAAUAUCGACCCACAUGAAUAAAUUUCUGUUCAAAUUUUCAAAU